AUGUUUGGCGAGAAGAGCAAUUACCGCGAUGCUCAUUUCCAGCCUCUCAAAUCGACCAUUCCCUCACCUACCGACGACUACCACCUCUCACAAUUACCAAACUCGGAUAAGCACCUAGAUGGCAACCCGGCGUUCGACAGACCCCUCACGGUGCAGUUCUGUUCAAACGAUCCCGAAGACUUCCUGCGGGCGGCAAAACACGUUGCGCCUUUUUGCGAUGCGGUGGAUUUGAACCUGGGAUGUCCACAAGGCAUUGCGAAGAGGGGGAAAUACGGUGCGUUCUUGCAAGAAGACUGGGAUCUGAUAUCGAGGAUGAUACGCAAGUUACACGACGAGUUGGACGUCCCAGUCACGGCAAAGAUGAGGGUACUCGAGACACCAGAGAAGACGCUAGCGUAUGCGAAGACACUUCUGGAUGCGGGCGCAAGUAUCAUCACGGUACACGGUCGACGUAGAGAACAAAAGGGCCACAACACAGGACUGGCAGAUUGGAAGAUGAUUCGAUAUUUACGGGAGAACCUUCCCAAGGACACUGUCAUAUUCGCCAAUGGCAAUAUCCUCCAGCAUGAAGACAUCGCCACAUGUCUAGAAGUGACCGGUGCCGAUGGCGUCAUGAGCGCAGAGGGAAAUCUCUACGACCCCACGAUCUUCGCGGCACCACCACCACCCGGCCAGGAAGGACGAGAAUACUGGCGCGGGCGCGACGGGAAAGGUGGAUAUAGGAUGGACGCUGUGAUGAGACGGUACAUGGAUAUCAUCCAUAAAUAUGCACUUGGUCAAGAGCCACCACAACGGAAACCCCUCUGGAUGCCUGGAGACGCUGACGAAGAACUACCACAAGAAAAUACCAACAACGCAGCGGAGAACGGUAAAAGGGCAGGAGACGAGCAAGACGGCCCACCACAAAAGAAGAGAAAACCAAUGUCCAAAUCGGAAAAGAAGAAGGAAGCUUCAAAUCCCAAUCUCACGGCUAUGCAAGCACAUCUUUUUCACCUUCUCCGUCCUCUUGUCUCGCAACAUCAUAAUGUGCGGGAUGCGCUUGCGAGAUCAAGAACGGGUGAUAUCGAUGCGUUUGAAAACGUGCUGAGUCUUGUAGAGAAGGCUGUUAAGGAGGGCAUCAUGAAGUACGAAGAGGAGCACGCCAACGAUAUACCGACUGAAUCACAGCCUACGGCCCCAAUCGAUGAGAACCUGGACCCUUACGAAUCCUCCUUAGCAACAGUAGCUCGCGUCAAGAGGCCAUACUGGGUCUGCCAGCCGUAUGUUAGGCCGCUGCCUAAAGAAGCGUUGGAGAAGGGCAGUAUGACGGUCAGUAAGAAGGAGAAGAAGAGACUAGAACAAGAGGCGGAGAAGCUAGCUAAGAAAGAAGAUGACGAUGUUAAAGCGGUGGGUCUUGAGCCUGAGGGUAGGGUCGAGGCGAGGAUUUUGGAUGGUGGUGAUGGCAAGGAGAAAGGGGAGAAGGAGGUUAUUGAAGAGCCUAGAGACGGAAUGGUUUGCGGCUAG